AUGAGUGUACACUUCUCCGCCGAAGACUUCGACUAUCCGGUCCGGGAAUUGAAGCUGGGAAAGCCCGAGUCGCAAGAAUGGAAGCUCUUUGUCGACAAGAACCAGAUCAAGGUCUACGCCUGGCUCGACAAGGAAACUGGUCUUUUUCAGUGGAAGGUCUUCGGCGAGAUCGAGUACGAGCCCGAAGUGGUGAAGAAGACGCUGAUGGACGUUGAUUACCGGAAGAAGUGGGACUCCUACGUCGCCAAAAUCGAAAUGCUCGAAUCCAACAACAAUCUGGACAUCAUCUACUGGGACGUCAAAUACGGCAUUCCGAUGGUGAGCAACCGCGACUACGUUUACUGCCGCGAAUUCAGAGAAGUGAAGGGAGAAGAAGAAGAGGACGAGUACAUCGUGAUUUUGUCGAAAACUUACGAUUCUGGAAAAGAGCUUGUUCCGCCUCAUAAAAACAAGGUCCGCGUUGAAGGAUUCAAGCAAUUCAUGGUUCUGAAGAAGUCCAAAAAUGGAACGAAAAUCUACAUGCACAGCAUAGACCGUCCUGGCGGGAAGAUCCCUUCUUCGCUGAUCAACUGGGCGGCGAAAAGCGGCAUUCCAAACUACUUGGGCGUCGUGGCGAAAGCCUGCCAAAACUGCCCGAAAUGA